CCAAGAGCUACAAAGAGCAAUCUGACUUCUCGAGCCAUGGUCUUUUUGGGCUAAACCCCUCGUUGGAGAUGAACAACGACGGGCGGGAGGUGAUCCUCCAUUCCUUGAAAAACCUGGAUGAUGCGGCACUCGUGCGCGUGCUGGGUCAGUUGAUGACAUCGCACCCACAAGUGGCGCCUCGCAUUGUGAACACGGCUUGUCCUGAGCUAACCUUUGUGCCCACGAAGGCUCUCAUCAGCAAGCGAUCCAUUGGAAUCAUCGUCCAGGUGGGCAACGAGGGUGGUCUCAUCGAAUGCCCAGAGCUGGAAGCAGCCUUCGGCUGCCCUGUGCUGGUUGGCAGGCAUCAAUUGGGACCCUACAGUGUGGGGCAAGAGGUCUCCUUUGCCGUGACGAUCAACGAUGACAACAAACCUCAGGCCUUCGACCUCCAGGUGUUGCCCGGUCUAGGUGCUGCUGCAGCCGCUGCAACGGCGACGGGGCUUCCGAGUGUUCCAGGUGUACCGGGCGUCCUUCCUUUGCCCUUGCUGCCACUUCCGAUGCUGCCGGGAGGGCUAUCAUUGCCAGGGCUUCUACCUGGAUUGCCUGGGCUGCCUGGGCUGCCAGGACUCCCUCCAGGACUCCCUCCAGGACUCCCUGCAGGACUCCCUCCAGGACUCCCUGCAGGGCUCCCUCCAGGGCUUCCGGCCACGCUGCCGGGCGGCCUGCCGCUGCCAACGUUGCCGGCAGGGCUACCGGGGCUUCCGCUGCCCGGGCUGCCGCUGCCGGAGCUACCGGCGCCAGAGCCGAAGCCAGCGCCACAGCUGCCGACGCCCACGCAGG